AUGUCACACAAACACAGGCUCCCUCUCUCUCUCUAUCUUUAUCUCCGUCUAUCUCAAUCUCUAUAUAUCUAUAUACAGGAAUCGUAUUUCUUCCAAUAUUGUUCCUAUUUUGCAGUAGAGGCGUCAGCUUAUGCGCCCUCAUGAUCUAGCCUUGUUGACGGCACAUAGAGAAGAUAACACCGAAUGCAGGCAGGAGUUUGGUUCACGAAACGUCAAUUUUAUCCCGAAUUGCAUCACACGAUAAGAACCUAGAAGGGCGAGAGAUAGAGAGAGAGAGAGAGAGAGAGAGAGGGAUUAUUUCGAAUAUUGACGGAGAACUAUAGAAAAAGAUUUAUAUAUAUAUAUAUAUAUCGAGAGAGAGGGAGAGAGAGAGUCGGAGAUCAAUUCAAUACGAAAACAGAAGCUGAGAAAAGAUUCUAGCAAGAAAAGAUUGAUAUGGAAGUAGACAGAGCGAAGUAAAGAGCUACAGAAGCUGAGAAAGGGAGAGGCAGAUGGGUAACAGGGAGUCCGUGCCAUAUCUGAAGACGGCACGCAGCCACACCAUGAUCGUCCUUCAUUUAGAAGCUAACGUCGCAACCUUGGGCACCACCACGGGAAAACCGCCGAUCUCGUCCAUCCAUGGGUUGUGGUUAGACUUAGCAGGCGGCGGCACGGCCCUCAGCGCCCGCCAAACGGCGCUAUUGCACUUGAAUCCCGAUCCGAACGCUAUCUGCCACACCCGGUCCCCUCUGCAGAUCCUUCCUUUCGCCUCGGCAUACGCCAGCUCGUACCAAAGCGAGCUGCUGGACGUGUUUCCAAACCUGUACAAGGUCAUCCUCGACGGCUCCAUGUGCCACUCCGACAGCCCCAGGCUCCUCUCCAACUGGUCAAGCACAGCUCGCCCACCAGCGUGGAUACAGAAGUGCUCAAAGGCCCGCGUGAAAUUUGGGAUGUAGGGCUUCACCCCGCUCAUCAGGAAGACCUUCUUCUUCAAAAUGGUGAUCAAGAAGAGGAACUGCUCGGAUAAGGGGAGCACGAGUGGGCCCAGUGUGGUGAUAUUGUCCUUGAGGGCCUCCCCGGCAACGGCCAUGAGGUCCUUGGAGAGGGCGACUCCCACCGUGCCGUCGGCGUCCUCCUCCUGGGAGACGCAGCCGUAGCUGCGGCUGUCGGCACCCUUGUGGGUGCGCACCGUGUGGACCAGCUCGUACUUGGACCUCCGCCGGUCCGCAGGGAUGUUCGACAGGAGCACGGCGGCGCCGCCCAUCCGGAAGAUACUGUUGGUCACCAGCAUGGACCGGUUAUUGCCCAUAUAACCGUUGAGAGUCAUGUUCUCUGUGCUCACCACCAUGGCGUACGUCGAUUUGUGAACCUGUGGAUGUGUACACCGUUAGAUGAUAAUUGUACGCGAAGAAUAGCCCUGUAGGGUCCAUUUACAUUUCUCGGGAACUCUAUCCAUUCCUUCCACGAUGCAAACCUUAACAAAACACAUCCAUGUCAUAUUCUAUAAGUAUUUUGAAAAAAAUAGGAUUCGUAUCUAAGUUGGAAAAAGAAGAGGCCCCAGCACGGACUAAACACACACUGAAGGAGAUAUCCACAUGGCCAUAUGCUUUAGAUGAACGCGAGUAAUCCUUCAUGACUUGCUACAUUAUUCAAAUCAACGCCUCAACUUAUCAAAACCUCCAGGUUGGGAAUUUGUGGCAUAGUCAACGUUAAUCCAUGACGUCGAUUCAAACAAUAGGGACCAGGCGCAGAUACCAGAUCCUAAAAGUAGAGUCUCGACCGGCCCCGGGACUAAAUGUUCUAAAGCCCUUAGAGAAGUCUCCCUCCUUCCUCUCAAAAUCUGCAGUAGAUAGUCUCUGUCUUCCCUCAGACCAGCUCCACCGUCCUACCUAACGUCAGAGUUGCAGAUCUUCACAUCUUCACAAGCCUAACUACCAGGUCAGACAGCUCCAUAGAAGUCAGAGAACUGAGAAGAAAUAAGACGUGAUCUCCGAGGUUACUAUGAUGCUGGACGGCUGAGACUCCAGUGCAUGAUAUGGAGGUGACAGUUAACUCGUCCUGUGAAGGUGCAGCACCACUGGGAGAAUAAAUGAGCCAAGUGGCACAGUCACCGACGUCUGGGAAGCUCAGGUGACAGCUCGAGUUCAGUAAAUGCCUCGGCCGCGCGAAAAGUCCCCGUUCCGAGGCCGUCUUCCAGAAGGGCAGCAUGUUACGUGAAGGAUGACUCGCUUUUCCCAUGCUAAAAGGACGACGAAACAAAAUAAUAUCCAGAAAAUUUCUUAUCAAUGAGCAGCGCAUUCACAUAAUAACACCCAUAUACUUCCAACACUCAGACACCGCGAGAAGUUCACCGUCGAAAUAUUUACGCUUUCUUGCGCUCUGCUUUCCCUUGCUUCGACUACCGACUUUACUAUCAGCUACGACGUUAAGGGAACCCUAUCUAUCUGAAUGAUUAUCACGAACCAUACUCCGUUGGUGCAAGCGUUAUAUCUUAUCUAUCAUAUAUGCCAAAGGAAGGAAACAAUAGAACGAGGAUACCACCACAAGAACAGAUGAGGAUUAGGUAGACCCAGACCUGAAGUAGCUGCUUGGCGAGGUCAAUGGCGAUGAGCCCGGCACUGCAGCCCAUACCGCCUAGGCUGUAGCUCAUUACUCCCUCCCUCAUCCCAAACCUGUUGAUCACCAUGGCGGAGAGCGAUGGCGUGGGGUUGAACAGGCUGCAGUUGACAAUUACAAUACCAAUGUCAGACGCAUUGACCCCAGUCUUGAUCAAUAGCAGCUCUACGGAGCUGAAAACAGCAUCCAUAGCCUCCUUCCUGGCCUCGGCCAUGCAGGAGUUCAUGGGCACGGAGAGGAGGCUUGAGGGAGCAUAGGUCGAUUCCCCCAGCCCUGACCGCUCCAGCAUCUUCACUUGGAAAGCGAGAGACUCCUCUGUGAAGGUUCCGGGGAGCCUCAUCUGUCUGAAGAAUGUCUCGCGGGUGCACUUAUGGGAGUCCCCUGGCUUGAAGCAGGCAAAGUCGAAGAGGUAG